CUGGAAAUGUCUCUAGAGUAUUGACACAACUAGCCAUUACACAUGCUUUCCUAUCGGGGAGAUGUAGUUUCUAUUGGGUGUGUUCUAGUCAAACCUGUUUUUCUCCAUCAGCCUCGGGGCGGCACCUGACAGGAUCUUAUUACCGGAAGUUAGGUGUUUGUAGUCACCUGCGCUGAUUCUUCAAGCAACGAGAGGUGUUUACUCGAGCUGGAAACGUCGAAGUAAGAGAAACAGGAGUCGGUGAAACGGAGACCAUUCGUUCUUUAUUCGACACAAAGAAGAUUUUUGCGUACUUUCGGCUUGUUUUACUCGAGAAUUUUUAAAGGAGAACGCCGUCGAAUAAUAAACAAGAAACCCGACAUGACUGUGAGAGGAGUCCUUUGGCUGCUUUUGUUCUCUGGCGCAGCCGUAGGUGUAAGUGGAUAUUCGGUCACUACUUCAAACCCAAAUGUACGAGUGGAAGAGAACAAAGGUGUGGAUUUGACAUGCUCAUAUUCAGGAGACUUUGGUUCAAACAUUUUACUUAGAUGGAAGUUUAAGGACCGAAAAGGCUCUCAGGUGUUUGUGGUUCACGAUGGGAAACCAACAGCGCCGUAUGCUGACCGUUUGACUGUGGAUGGUACCAAUCUGAGAUUCUCCAAAGUCACUCGUAAAGAUAAUGGAGUGUACACCUGUGAGAUAACCAGCGCUGACAAAACCCAAGUUGGGGAAACAGAUGUGACUCUGACUGUUCUGGUGCCUCCAUCUGUGCCAUUUUGUAAUGUCCCCUCAUCGGUAACAACGGGCAGGACAGCCAUCCUGUCUUGUUUUGAUGAAAGCGCCUCACCGCGUCCCACAUACAGGUGGUACAAAAACAACGUUCUUAUGCCUGAUAACCCUAGUAACGUUGCUGGCUUCAAAAACGCCACCUACAAGUUGAAUUCAACCAGUGGCGAACUGAAAUAUCCUGCUGCAGCCAAGACAGAUACAGCUGAGUACUACUGUGAGUCUGUCAAUGACGCUGGCCCUCCUCAGAAAUGUAGAGCUAUGAAGAUGGAAGUUCGCGACCUAAACACCGGAGGAAUUGUUGCUGGUGUAAUAGUGGCUCUGCUGCUUGUGGCCCUACUGAUAUUUGCCAUUUGGUUUGCCAAAAAGAAAGGAUAUCUGCCCGCAAAGAAAGAAAGCAGUUCAAAGAUGAACGCGUCUUACCACCCACCUCCUAGUGGUGGUGGUGAUGAUGCGGAUUUCACACAGAAGUCAUCAUUUGUGGUAUAGUGUACGAGCAGCAGUGGCGACAGCAAGCGCUCUGAGCGAGAUGUCUCUUAAGUGUGUGGUUUUCCAGGAAUUUGAAAGUUUGUACAAUGCAGUUUUUAUAGACUAUUGCAAUAUAUUUUUUUAACCUGAGCCAGCUACCAUACUCUGUCAAAUGCAUCAGAAUGUGAGGUUCAUGCAGCAGCACCACAGGAAAGAAAGAAAUAGAUAACUAAUGAACCUCGUACUGUAUCUAUCUUUACUGAAAUGAACUGUGGCCACUAGUGACCUAUUUUCAGCAGAAACCAAUUUUCUGCUCAUCACUGAUGUGUGCGUUUCUGUGUGCUUUUUAUCUUCUGUUAGAACAAGAUUUUAAAGAUAUGCGCUUACUUGUGAAAACAAGAUUAAUUAGAGUACAGAGACCCUUACACCACCCCCACCACCAGCAGCAGUAAAUGAAAAUAAAUAUAUUUAUUUGUUAUCUUUACAUUGAGGACAGACAUAUAUUGCUGCAUUUAUUACAUUUGCUGUCCCAUCACAUUCAUUUCCGCUAGCACAACUCUCUUAUCAGUCUUUGUGGGUUAGCUGAAAUGUUAACAGAGCCUGAAUAUCACGGCCACGUUUUUAAAGGUGUUUUAGUUUUUGUUUUUCCUGCUUUCGUUUUUUUUAAUCUCUUUUUUCUUUUUUCAACUACAGAUCGGAUGUAAUGUACAUGAUCAUUUUUUUUCUGUCUCUUUCUUUGUAAAUAAAACCAAUUUUUAAAAUUUGGAUAGCUUCUUGGGAUUAAAUGGUCACUCUUAUACCCCUUUCACUGCAGGACAAUGGUUCAAUACUCUUCCCAAAUCUUGGAACUUUGCUGCCGUCUGUAGCGUUUUCACCUGCUUAAGGCAGAACCACUGUGAUGAUUUGGUGCAGUACUAUUGCAGGCUUGCUAACUUUCUAUCCAGAGACGAAAUGUCGUCUAGUUUUGCUCAUCUGAAAUAAAGAAAAGAGCAAUCGUUUACCAUUAGAUCCUGAUCCUAUCUCCAUGGCAGGAUAAUUUAUUAGAUAUUAACCAGCUUCCUGUGUUAUAGACCAUACAGACCUCUUCUCUGACUUUUAAAGGGAUAACAUGAAUCCUACUCCUCUGAAUCUACAGGUAUAGAGCCUGUUUAGGAAGGGUGAGACUUAAUGCUGAGAGUGCGCAACCCUGACGCAGUAUUAGCAGUAAGCUAGCACACCCACCAAUUUCAUCAUGAGUCACACUGGAAAAACUUAAUAUCCAUUCUAUUCCAACAAGGGACCGACUGUCAGGUUCCAACCAGUUUAUUUUUGGCCAGAAUGCUUCAAGAUUAGGUGUACAGCCAGUACUGAACCAGUUUCCUGUUAGUAGAAAAGGGGAAAAGUUUACUUUGUGAAUAGGAUUCAUGGAGAAGGUUGUAUGAAGUCAAUGCCUUGGAUCUACUUGCUUCUGACACAUUCAAUUUUCACACAGCAUAUCUUAAUGAAAUGCUGUAUACCUCUGGACGCUAACAUUUGGUGUGAUGAGAUCCGAGUACCUAUUGAUGGCGUUCGAUAUUUAAGUGGAUGUUGUUUUGCCCUUUUUGUAUAAGUGUAUAAUUCUUCUGUGU